UACAUCUGAAACCAAUGAGUGAGAAUGUCUGGGAAUGGACGCAGCCACAGGUAGUUUCAGGAUGCUCCAGAUGAUGCCAUCAGACGGAGAGCAUGAAGGGGGCCAGGCAGAGAACAGCUGAAGUGGUUUCCUCACCCAAGUACACUUAGAUGAUACCAGGUGUGCGUCCUCGCUGAUACCAGCCUUCCCAAGCUUCCCCUAGGCAUCGGCUGCAGAACCCACCUAAACCUGUUGUGGGGUUUCAUUUUGCAGGCUGGCCUUGAACUCACUUUGUAUCCCAGGCUGUCUUCAAACUCACAACAAUCCUCCUGCCUCAGCCUCCAAACUCUGGGAUUACAGAAGGGGACCUGGAUGAGGGGCCACCACACUUUCCAAAAGGCCACAAAGUGUUUUUAUCUCAGAAAUGGAGCCAGAAAUGAAAAAGCCAGCAGCCAGCAGAGCACCUGAAACACCCUCGGCUUCAAGGCAGCCUUUUUUUGGGAAAGUCAAAAGGAGAAUGAUACCACCACAUGUGCAGAAGAAACAAGUUGAUGGUCCCAAGGUGAAGCACAGGGCUGCUGUAACCUUUAUACCCGCUGAUCGACUGACCAACUGCAUCUUUCGGAGCCGAGUAACUCUUGUCACCGCCCACCCUGGCAAUGAAGUCUGGCGUGGUCUACAGGAGAAGGAGCUGGAGAAGCCCCAGCAGCUCUGUGCAGGCUGGAGGCUGCAGGCAAUCAAGAGCCAAGGCACUGAAGAAGAACAGUUGGCUUUCAAAAACACUUUUAAAAUAUUGACUGUAGGAAAUCAAGGAGGAUUCCUGGGCAAGUCUGAUGUUGAGAGCAUGCAGCCUGCCCCUGGCCUCCCUCCAUUCUGGAAAGAGAUGCUCCCCGAAGCCUUGCGUCUCUUACCUGACUCUUCCCACCAGCAGGUCACUGACAUCCAGAGACAGACUUGGAAAGUGAAGGAAGCCAGGGAGAGACUGGCCAAGGCCUUACAGGCAGACAGGCUGGCCAGGGAGGCAGAGAGGAUGAGCAACCAGGAGGAAAGUUCUGAGAACCAGAAGGAGACAGGAGCAGAGACUACUAAAGAACCCCAGAAGUGAGCCGCUGGAGAGAGGUUCACUAGAAAGUUUUCAGUGUUGUUAAAUGUCUUUUGAUUCUAGUUCAAACCUUGCCAAGGAUCAUUUUACCCACAAAGGAUUUAUGAUUAAACUUGUUUUUAGAAGCAGAAUGUAGCUGGUUGGUGAGAUCAAACUUCAUAUGAGGCGUUCUUAUAGUUGUUCAGUUUUAGUUUAUAUUUUAUCUAGCUCAUAAUAAAGUCUAUAAAGUUAAUCUAACAUGAGGAAGCAUUAUUGUUUGGCACUUACUUUUUUCCUUGCAAUACACUGAGGGAAGGGAUGGUCCCUAUUCCAGAGGUCCCUUGUUUGUCCUGGUUUUUAGAGUUAUCAUUAACAUAUACAAAACAUACAAAUUACAGCUGCAAAAUUUCUACCCAUGCAUACAUCAAAUUUUACCAUGGACGAUCUUCCUUCUGUUACCCUGCCUUAUCUCCAUCCACCCCUGUAUGUUUAUGUUCUCGUCAGACUUUUUUUUAACUUCUCACUGGUUUUCAAAUAAGAGAAAAAAUAUGCAGUGCUUGUUUUCCUGUGCCUGGCUUAUUUCACUGAACAUGAUGUUUCUCAGUUCCAUCCAUUUUCCUACAAUAUUAUUUUAUUCUUCUAUAUUCCAUUGCAAACAGUUAAUAGAGUCCAUCUGAACAUGGGCAGCUGGGCGCAAUCUACAGCUUGGCUUCUGUCACCACCACCACAGUGGCAUGCAGAUAGCAAAGACACCCUGUGUGAUGGGUAAUUUGGUUCCAUACAUACAGUUUUAAGGUUGUUUUUAUAUCUAAUUUUAGCAUAAAUUUCAUUUUUUCUCUGUGGCCUUAUUCUAGAGCAGAUCUAGUACUUCUCAUGUUAGUAAUUAAUUAACAUGCUUGAUACCUGUUUGCCCUUUGAUCAGCAAACCUCAACUCCUUGGAACCAGGGGCAAGUUUCAGGGAAGAAAAUAUUUUCAUGGAACAAGGAAGAUGGGUUAUUUCAUGUUGACUCAAGUACACUUUAGGACACUUUAUUUCUAUUUUUGUCACAUGUUAUGGUUUGUGUUUUGAUGGCCCCAAAAGCCUCAUGCAGUCAUGGAGGUGGCUGAAUCUGAUGUUUGUGAUUGGUUUGUUGUCUAGUACUGGGAUUAGCUGUGUGAAUGCUGCACCGGCCCAUGGGCGGGGCUGGCAUACAAUGUAAGUGAGGAAAGAAAGUUUUCUCUCUUUCUUUUGCUCUGUUCACUUUUGCUGUUUGUGGCCACUGAGAAUGGUUUCCCCAUCAUGCUACGCUGCCUUGGAGCCAACUGAGUAUGGACUGAAACUCACAAGAACUGUAAGAAAUAAAC